CUUUGUCCUUUGUUCAAUGUCUGAAUUGCAGACAGUUGACGAGGUUGAUAUUGCCGGCUCUUUGGCACCUCUGCCAUUGAAGCCCGAGUCUGAUGGUUUUGAAGCGGGAAUUGCGGAAACUUCGAUUGGUUCUCAAAACGCUAGCAAAGAACCUGAAAAUGAAGAGGACGAUGAAGCGUUCAUUGCUUCCAAUAUCUUGAAAUCGAAUAGAAAAACAAAGGGAAAGAAGCUUGCUGGCAAAGCUUCUAACUUUCAGGCGAUGGGGUUGAGUCAGAAUGUACUUCGUGCUAUUUUAAAGAAAGGAUUCAAAGUACCAACACCUAUUCAAAGGAAAACAAUUCCUCUAGUUUUGGAAGGACGCGACGUAGUCGGUAUGGCUCGUACUGGUUCCGGUAAAACAGCCGCUUUUGUAAUUCCAAUGAUUGAGCGCCUAAAGUCUACCUUGGCACAAUCAGGCACCAGAGCCUUAAUUUUGUCUCCAAGUCGCGAACUUGCUUUGCAAACAAUGCGAGUUGUAAAAGAUUUCAACAAAGGUACUGACCUUCGAGUUGCCGCAAUCGUUGGUGGUGUUAGUCUAGAGGAGCAGUUUAGUAUUAUGACUGCAAAGCCAGAUAUUAUCAUUGCUACUCCAGGUCGAUUUAUGCAUCUUAAAGUAGAAAUGAAGCUGGAGCUUAAUGCGAUUGAGUAUGUAGUAUUCGAUGAGGCUGAUCGUCUCUUUGAGAUGGGUUUCGCUGCUCAACUCACUGAAAUUUUGCAUGAUUUGCCCUCUGCUCGCCAAACUUUGCUAUUCUCUGCCACUUUGCCUCGUACUCUCGUUGAUUUCGCAAAGGCCGGUCUUCAAGAUCCUGUAUUAGUGCGUUUAGACGUUGAGUCUAAAAUUUCUUCUGAUCUUCAAAGUGCCUUUUUUUCCGUCAAAACCGCCGAUAGGGAGGCUGCUCUACUAUAUAUUUUACAAGACGUUAUUAAAUUAUCGCUUAAACGUGAUAUUAAGCCCGUUGUAUCUAUGGAUUCUGAGAACCCUAAAAAACGUAAAAGAAUUAUGGAAGCUGUCAACCAGGGAAGAUUUUCUGGCUCUUCUGAUGCUACCCUUGUGUUUGUACCUACCAAACAUCAUGUUGAGUAUAUCUCUAAUCUACUUGCUCUUGCCGGUUAUUCAGUAUCUACCAUCUACGGCUCAUUGGAUCAAGAUGCCCGUACAAAUCAAAUUAAUAAAUUUCGACUUGGUUUCAGCAAUGUACUUGUUGUGACCGAUGUGGCUGCCCGUGGUAUUGAUAUACCGCUUUUAGCUAAUGUUGUUAACUAUGACUUUCCUCCUCAGCCGAAAGUUUUUGUUCAUCGUGUCGGUCGUACUGCACGUGCUGGCCGUACUGGUUGGGCUUAUACUCUAGUCCGUUCCGAAGACGCUGGCUAUUUCUUGGAUUUGCAAUUGUUUUUAAACAGGGAAAUUGUUACUACUAAUAAGAAGGUGAAAACCGCAGAUGAUUGUGACUUUACCAAGCAGUUGGUUUUAGGAGGCCUGCCGACGGCUUCUGUCUCGGAAUUGUCAGAAUGGGUCCAACGAGUCGUUGCCGAAGACAUUGAAAUUGAGCAGUUGUCUAAGGUUGCUGCUCGUGGUGAAAAGUUAUAUUUUCGCACACGGCCCAGUUGCAGCCCUGAGAGUGUUAAACGAGCAAAAGAACUAGUAAAUACUAGCGGUUGGAAUUUAGUAAACCCCUUGCUCAGUAACUCGAUGGAUAUUGAAGCAGAUUCACAAUUCAGUGCUCUUUUGGCAAAGGUUUCUUCAUUCCGUCCUUCUGAAACCAUUUUCGAGAUUGGCCAACGAGGACAUCAUCGAUCUGAAGCUGGAGAGAUUAUGCGCCAACGCAGGAGUAAGAUUAAACCAAAAGGUCUUCAGCGUACUACCAUUGAUAAUGAAUUACUAGAUGACAGCGAGGUUUCCACAAAAACAAACAGCGAGCCAGAACUAUCUGAGACAGAGCUUGAAAACACAUUCCAAACGCCUCAGAGUCUGAAAGAACAGCAGAAGGCUUCCCGUGAUUUUCGUGAUAAAGAAUAUUAUAUGUCUCAUUACGCACCGAAAGAAAAUAUCCAAGAAAAUGGAUAUGCCGUUAAUUCUGCAGAGAACUUUACACUGGCAGCUCGUCAUGCUGUCUUGGAUUUAAGUAAUGAUGAGGGUAUACAUCAAACUAAUCGCAGUGGGCAACGAUGGGAUCCGAAAAAGAAAAAAUUCGUUAACACCAUUAAUGAUGAAGAUGGUUCUAGAGGUGUUAAACUCAUUCGCGGUGAAAGCGGAGUGAAAUUGCCAGCUACGUACCGUAGCGGUAGAUUUGAGGCUUGGAAAUCUAAUAAAGCUCAAGGCAAUAAUGGUUCUAUGCCAUUAAAUGACAACAGUGGUAGACAAUUCAAGCAUAAGCAGGUUAAAGCACCGAAAGCCGCCGACAAAUAUCGAACUGAUUACAAAGUUCGAAAGGCUAGGGUUAAGGAAGCUAAAGAGAAGGGUAUUGGUGUUAAAAUCAGCGAUGAACUUAAGUCUGCUCCCCAAAUUCGGAAGGAUCGUCAACUCAAAGAAAAGAGAAAAGCUAAGACUGCUCGUCCCUCCAAAAAACGUCGCUAAACAAACAUUACUUUAUUUUGAUUAUUUUUGGAUGCUUAUAAUUAUGGUUUUGUUAAAAAUAUGUACUUUAUGGGUUAAAAACAGGUCAUAUAGGUGAAUAGGGAAAUUUAAAAUGAUGAAUAAAUUGAUUUCAGC